AUGGGUUUUGUUCAAACUGAGACUCCGGUGAAGUGGAACCCGGAAGCCGGCGGGGUUUUUCCCGAACAAAAUACUGAUGCCGAAUUGAUCGGUGAAGAUGGUGCGGGUCGCGGUAGAGAUAUCAGCGACUGGAACGGAGGUUUUAUUUUGGGAUUUUUCAGACGAGAAGAAGGGUGGAUGAAGCUGAGGGUGGAGAGGUUUACAUAUGGGAAUAGAGGAAGAAGAAAAGAAUGGAUGCUGAUCGCCGGUGGCCGAGAGGGAUUGCCGGACCCUGGUCGGGAAAUUGAAGCGGAGGCAGCUAAAGCUUGCGAUGUGUUCAGGGAGAAGAGAAGUACAAAGGAAUUUCAGCUGGGGGUUUCCAAUGCGGGCCGGAAGAUUGGGCCUUAG